UGUCAGUUAAAACGUGUAUUUCACUGUCCUUCAUCAGAUUUGUAGAUAAACAUAAAGAGCUUAUAAUUCUCAUGUAGUAUGUUUUAGAAGAUUUAUAGUGAUUUUUCUAUUAUUGUUAUGGAUGCUUUAAGAAUUGAAAUAACACUGCUAGAGUAGACACAUUGUUUGCAAAAUCUCCGUAAAACAACUACAACCGUGACUUGAAACUGUCGUUACUGCUGUUAGCUGUUGGGGUUUGUCUGUGUCCUCCUGUUUUAUAAUAAAAUACAUAUUUAAAUUGUUUUUACUAGUGAAGUAAGAAUAUAUUUACUCUUUUUAAUAUAUUUAAUAUUUGUAUGAUCUCUUUUGUAACAUGGUUCCCAUGGAAACAAAGGCGGGCGCUUCCGUCAAAUCAUCCAAUGAGGGGCGGUUAUUUAUUGACCCUAUGUUUGAUUGGCUGCGGAGGACUUCCUAGGAUCUACUCGGCUGCCGCCCGUGAGCCCGCGAUUUACAAAAGCUACCGCUGGAAAAAGUGACACAGUUUACAACAAACCUUCUGUUUUCCCCUCCCUAACCUGCUGGUAUGUUGUCAGAGUGGUGCGAAUGACUCGGUAACGUAAUCCCGGACUAAAAGUCGUUGAAAUUGCCCCGGCAACACUAUAAUUUACGAAGCAAACAGCGCGCGUCUAAGCAGGUUUUGUUUGUAGCGGCGGUAACGUUUCCGCUAGCAGGCGGCUAACACCAGUUAGCCGGAAAUAGGAAGCGUUAGUUACCUUGUCAACAAGCGUCAACAGAAACUGCUGUUCCCUUGUCAAAGACAGACCGCACGGUUUCUUUCUCCGACCUGUGGUGAGAGUUGUUUCCCCUCGUAAUCUUCAAAUCGCGUGCCAAGAACCGAUAAACUAAUGUUACCAUGUUAUUCUGAAUAAAACAUUGUGUCUCUUCACGUCAGAUGAACACGCUCUAAUCUGCGCACGCAUUCAAUAGUGAACAUGCACUAUUGUUACAAUGCUGCAACCCACUAAUCCUCUCUAAAGAAUUGUCUAUACAACCCACAGCCAUGUCGCUGUCGAUCGAAGCUCAUAUUGCGGGGAGCCAGAGCGACAGAGUCAAAGGAGACACUAUUUGUGUGGUGCCCGACCUCGACUGUGAUCUCCUGGAGGAGGACAUGGACCUCAACAAGUCCUACCCAUGUACUCGGAGACCGUUGUACAAGAAGAGCCUGUUGGAGCUGCAGCGUCGCUACUACGAUCCUGGCUCCUUGAGCGGUGGAUUUUCCGAUAUUUGCACGUCUGUAGGGCCAAGAAAUCUGAAAAUUCCCAGUUUAAUUUGUGGCUCCAAAGUCUCUGCUGUUUCCUUGCCGCAUCCGUCCACUGUGCUGGAUAAAGAGGAAAGCUUGUUUUGUCAGCUGAUCUCUGAGGACUUUGGGCUCUCUGGAUCUGCGUCCACCCUCAACCCAAACAAAGCUUUUCUUACAAUCGACCAUAAAAGCAGAGAGAUCGUGUCUGCAAACGAACAGGCCUGCAAGCUGUUAGAGUGCACCCGCAAUGAGGUUAUUGGAAAAAAGCUGCUUUCCAUCUUGAAGAAAACCAGUCAGGUCCUGGAAGAAGCAUUGGAAGAAGAUAUUCCCCUGACGGAUGGAACCGUUGUGGCUGUGUCUGGAAAAGUGAUGGAUGUUGUGACAUCAGCUGGAGAGUUGACAGUGUCAGUGUGUACGCAAAGAUGCUCACAAAACGAAGAGCACUGGCUCGUCAUGAUGGAAGUUGUGGAAAGGGUUUCAGCCUUUCUGUCUUUUACACAAGACGGUAAUAUCCUAACCUGUGACUUGGCGUUUAGUCAUCUCCAUGGAUACCAACAUCCCGACGAGUUAAAAGGGGUGUCUGUGAAGGAGCUAAUACCCUCCUUACAAAUCCCCCUCCACAGUAAUGCAUUGCCCAAAAUGCUGCGGAUUCAGAGAGUUUGUGGUAAAAGCAGAGGGGGUGCAUCAGUCCCACUGUGUGUCAAACUUAAGGGGGCAGUAGUAUGUGGGGGGAACCAACGUCACAACAGUGGGACUGGUUGCACCUGGGCAACAGGUAGUCUUGAACAAUCCGACGCAGAGGAAAACCAGCAGAGCGGUCGGCCCGACUCCUCUGUGUGCAAGUCAAACGGCUUAAACCCUGACGAACCAUGCCCUGGAGUGAAAGGGGGUAGCACUGUCCUCUCCCCCAGGCCUGAACUGGAGUACUCUGGAGCAGUGUGGGUGUUUGCUCCUCUGAGCGGUCUCCUCCUGCUCCGCCCUGACGGCUCCAUCUGCCACAUCCACAACCGCCUGGCCCUCAGUCUGUUUGGCUACGACCAGGACGAGCUCCUGUCAAAGAGUGUCACUUUCCUGAUGCCUGGUUUCUACGGAUGGAUGUCUGACACGGAGAAAAAGGCCGGCCCCUUCUCUGACUCUCAAGCAGAGGUGGAUAAAAGUAGAGCCUCAUUCAAAAUGUCAGAGAAAUACGACCCGUCCUCACUGGUGGCUGGUCAUAUGUCCAUGGUGCAUCAGGCUGUUCUGGGAAAAAUGUCCACAGGGAGAGGCCGAAUCUUCACUGGAACCAGCAGCCGGCUGGAGAAACCGGGCAGCGCUUUAUCGACACUCGCUCCUCCUACUGUCACCUCCACAAGAGUAGUCAUGGCUGAUGACACUACGGAGCUGUUGGAGGAGGCCGCCCAGGUGGCUCUCUGCACCGGCCAGCUGGACGCUGCUGACACCACUGAGGCUCUCCUCAAGACAUUUGCCUUGGUGGAACCUCCAGAAGAUGAGACGUACUGCCUGGUGGCCACUGGUCCACCACGCCGUAACCAGCAGUUAGGCGAUGAAGUUCAUAAAAGCAAUCUACCUGCCGUCAGGGUUAUCUCAGACACUGCCACUCAGAACGGAUAUGCUGUUGGCAGGCAGGGUGAGACCACUCCUGACAGAGGCAAAGCCCCUUGCUCAUGUGCCUCCGUCCUCCAAGACUCCAGCUUUGAGGUCAUCUCACUGGGGAGCAGGUCGUCGUCUGGCUUCUGUGAAAGGUUUGCCGGCAAUGGUGGUUCUGAUCCAGGCCUGGCAGAGCAUUCUUGCUCAGCACACGUGGUGCACUCAGCCAGCUGUUUCCUGGACAUUAACAGCGAUGGUGAUGUGGUGACCCGGGCCCUAGCCGACCUAGAUCUGAGCCGCAGCAUAGAGGUUCUCAGUGGCAGAGGAGGCAACGACGACAACCAACGCUCCAUGACGUCCUGCGACACCGCUGAGCUGCUGCGUACGCCCUCCACGUGCGUGGUUGGGUCUGACCAGGAAGCUGGGAGUGGGAACGCCGGUGUGGAGGCCAGAAGCUCAAGGGAAGAGCCAGUGGAAAAGAACCAGUGCGACCAGGAUCAGUGGGCCGCGCUUUCUUCCAUCCAAAAAGAAAAGAGCCGAGAGUUCUGCAUGGCAGAGAACGGCGGGAUUCAGUCAAUGACGGACAUUCCUGCCACGUCUACUCCUAAGAAACAGAAGGCGAAUGGACAAAACCCAUCCGCAGACUCUACACAGAUACAGGAGGGCCGCUACGAAGGAAGCGCCUACCACAGAGACGGCACCAGACUAGAUGUGCAGUGCGAUGUGUGCAGGAUUAACCGGCCUGAUGGCACCGCCGUGAUCUGUGUGUGGAUGAGUAGGCCAGGCCUGCAGGGGGCAAUGCUGCAUACAGGUCGGCCAUUGCACAACCAGUCCGACGGCAGUUUAGGAGAGAGGAUUGGUGACGCCAGUCACGGGGAGGUAUUACGCUCCACCAUGGAUCUCGAGCAGUCUCGAGCCUGUGACGGACAGUUUGAAGAAGACUACCAGCCUAUCAAAGCUGUGGGCAGAGGAGCCUUUGGUUUUGUCUGGAAAGCGAUAAGGCGCUCUGAUGGAACAGAUGUGAUAGUGAAGUUCAUUAAGAAGGCCAGGAUAAUAAAGGACUGCUGGGUAGAUGAUCCCAUGCUGGGACAAGUCAGCCAGGAGAUUGCCAUACUGACAAGAGUACAGCACCACAACAUAGUCAAGGUGCUGGAGGUGUUUGAGAAUGGGAGUUACUUCCAGAUGGUGAUGGAGAAAAAUGGAGAUGACUUGGACCUGUUUGAGUUCAUAGACAUGCAGCCAAGGCUGGAUGAGCCCUUAGCCAGCUACAUCUAUAGACAGCUGGUGGCCGCUGUCUUCUAUUUGAGGACUAAAAACAUCCUUCACAGGGACAUAAAAGACGAGAACAUCAUCAUUGACAAAAGUUUCCACAUUCGACUGAUCGACUUUGGCUCUGCUGCCAUGAUGGCUCCCAAGAAGCUCUUUUACAAUUUCUGCGGCACAUUGGAGUACUGUUCCCCGGAAGUGCUUCGGGGAAAUCCCUAUGAGGGUCCAGAGCUGGAGAUGUGGUCUCUUGGUGUGUUGCUGUACACUCUGCUAUUUAGUGAGAACCCUUUCUGUGGCGUUGAUGAGAUCCUGGACGCCAAACUCAAGCUCCCGUUCCGCGUCUCUCCAGAGCUGCAUGCUGUGUUGAGCGGGCUGCUGCACCCUGAUCCCGCUCAGAGAAUGACUCUGGACCAGCUGCUGCUGCAGUCCUGGAUCAGCCAGCCCAUUUCACUGGCAGAGUACAGCUGGUCAGAGGUGGUCCCUCCCACUCAGAUGUACUACUCACCACAGCACCUGGAGCCCAGUCCCAAGGCUUUCAUCGAGCAGCGCUUGUUCCCAGAUGAACAUGACGAGACUCUUCCUGAUGAUGACGAUGAAGAAGAUGAUUGUCUGUCAAUGGUGGCCUUGGAAACAGAGCUUCAGAAAUAUCUCCAUGAGGAUUAAAGAGUGAUUUUUUUUUUUUUGUAUCCAACCAGCCACCCAACAUUUAAUGUGCAGCAGUACUCGGAGGCCGAGGUGCAAAGUAAGAAAAGGCCACCUUGUCUUAGUCCAAGAAACAAAUCAAACCCCACUGACUGUUGUCAGGUGUCUUUCAUGGCGUUUAGACAGCUUGCUAACAAGAGUGAUGGAUUAGUUGUCACGCCGUUCAAAAUUUUUAAAUAUUUUUUUAAUAUUAUGCAUUUUAUUUAUUCUGUGGAUUUAUUAAUUUAAUGAAAAUCUGAUCUGAUCUAGCUUUGACAUCAAAACUAGGAAGUGAGCACAACCUUUGUUGUUUACCUCAGAGGAAACCACAUAGACUUUAGUUUGAUUGACACUAAAGGGAAUUGUUUUAUCAUUUAUUUUGUGUAUGAUUUUAAUCUUGAGUGUUUUAAUUAAAAAUUGUAAGUAUUUACAUUUUAUUUAUUUUACUAGACAGAAAUAAAUAUUUCACUGACUAUGUUUGACUUCUCUUUUUAUUAUGAAGGAAUUGUCUGUUAAUCAAAACUGGCAAAUUUGUCAUAGAUAAAUCUGUCAAUUAUUUAAUUGCAGGGCAUUUAAAAAAUGUACAUUGCCGUUUCUAUCAUUGUAAUGUAUCAGAAACGUUGGCAGCUGCUGCUUGGUGUGACUGAUUUGAACCACAGAUAUCAAAAAUAAAAGGAAAUCUGUGAAAAAAAACUUG